CGUUGUGUUUAACUGCUUUUUUAGCAUUUUUUUUUUGGUCUUGCGAUAUUUUUGAGGUAUUUUGAGUAACACGCUCUUUAUGCGCCUUUUUCCAGAGUGGGCGGGGCCUCGAAAACCACACACACACACGAACCACGCGCGUUGCCGAUACGGUCACUUCUUUCGCUUUACACACACACACAUAUAUACACACACACCCUGAAUGGAGACGUUUACAAUUGAAGAGGACUAAAAAAAAAAGCUACCCUGAUGCACCCAUCACUCAAGAUGAGCACGACACGUUCCGUCGUAAUAAACAUUUCCAGCCCUUUCCCUGGAUUUGUAUCAUCAGAUUCAGAGGAUGGCAACACUAGCUGCCGCUUUGAUGAAGAGUUUAAAUACAUCCUGCUGCCUGUAUCAUAUACAAUCGUGUGUGUGCUGGGUCUGUUGCUCAACUCCGUAGCCCUAUGGAUGUUCCUGACUAAGAUGCGUCCCUGGAACGCAAGCACGGUGUAUAUGUUCCAUUUGGCACUCUCAGACAUGCUCUACGUGCUGUCUCUUCCAACGCUCAUUUACUAUUAUGCCAACCGCAACAACUGGCCCUUUGGUGAAGCCCUGUGCAAAAUAGUGCGCUUCCUGUUCUAUGCCAAUCUGUACUGCAGCAUCCUCUUCCUCACAUGUAUCAGUGUGCACCGCUACCUGGGCAUCUGCCACCCAAUUCGCUCGCUACAACUGGCCAAGCCGCGCAACGCGCAGUUGGUUUGUGGUCUAGUGUGGGCAGCUGUGACUGUGUGCUUGAUUCCCAACCUUAUAUUUGUCACCACUUCACAGCGAGAUAAUGAUACGUUGUGUCAUGACACAAGUAAGCCUUCUGAUUUUGAAAAUUAUGUCCACUACAGCACAGCAGUGAUGACACUGCUCUUUGGUGUCCCAUUCAUUAUCAUCAUGGUGUGUUAUUGCCUGAUGGCACGGGCGCUCUGUCGCCCCAGACAGAUUUCUGCCAAUAAGAAGAGCAAGUCGAGGCGGAAGUCCAUUAAACUCAUCAUUGUAGUGUUGGUUGUGUUUGCUGUAAGCUUUGUCCCUUUCCACAUCACACGGACACUCUACUAUACAUACCGUGUUUUGGAUGCAGACUGCUGGAUCCUCAACAUUGUCAACCUCGCAUACAAAAUCACUCGGCCACUGGCCUGCUCCAACAGCUGCCUGGACCCAAUCCUCUACUUCCUGGCAGGGGAUCAUUAUCGCUCCAGACUUUUGCGAACAUUUGCCAAGAAGCGUGGGGCUGACAACGUGAAGGCCCCACCAGAAAAAAAAUAUGGACUUGCUAUGGUUUGCAAAAGCCCAGCUGUGCAAGCAAGUAGUGAUUCUUCAAGCUAGAACUUUACGCGCACCGUCCAAAAGCAAUGCAGUUUCAUUUCAAAGCAACAUAAUUCCAUUAUCUCAUUUAGACUUACAGUCAGAGUUACAGUCAGGGUGAGGGAUGGUUGUGUUUCCAUCUGCAAAAUAUUCAAUUUAUUUCAAUUCAAAUUUAUUUGUAUAGCGCUUUUAACAAUUGACAUUGUCGCAAAGCGGCUUUAGACAAUCAAAAUAAUUAUUUAAUUUUGUAUGAGAUGUAAAAGUGUAUGAAUCAAAAUGAUAAGACUGUCUCAGAUGAGCAAGCCGAGGACAACAGCGACUGUGGCAAGGAAAAACUCCCUGAAAUGGUAAUAGGAAGAAACCUUGAGAGGAUCCAGACUCAACAGGGAACCCAUCCUCAUUUGGGUGAAACGAAUAGCAGGAAUUGAAAAUAUUACCGGUAUAGCACAGCCUAUAUGCACACAAAGGAGCAAGUUCUGUGACCGGUGCUGUGAGACUGCACGUGUUUGCCAACUUCUGAAGACAAACACAUUAGUGCUACUCACAAGAUGUAAACAUUUACCUAAUUGUGUUGUUUAAAGUCAUUUAUUUUUGAAAACACUCCAUACCUAUUUUCCUUCUAAGCUCAUGAAGGUUGAUAUUCAAGUACAGGGUUACUUCACUAAGUCAUUAUUCUAGCUUUCUUCACUGCUUAAUUUUUUUUGCCUGGUCGUCAUUGUUGUUAAAACUACAGUUAUAAAACAAUACUGCACUGCAAUAUAAUACACACAGUUAGGUGUACAAGUUGAACUGUAGUCCCCUGGUAUUACCUCUAAGGAAUGCAGACCAAUACAAUGGUCCUGCAUGAACUAUUGCUCUCAAAAAGACAUAAAGGGUUUGAGUUUCUUUUAACUCUGUCACGCAGAUGUUUUUGUCAUUCAGUCUGGGAGUUGCGUGUUUGUGUGUGUGUGUGUGUGUGUGAGAGAGAAAUAUAUAUAUAAAGCUAUAUAAAAAGCUGACAACUGUGAGUAAUUUUUUGUUAUGUUAAAAAAAACUAGCUCAGAAUUAGAGCUAGAUGUAAGUAGGGUUUUAUCUAACUCUUUUGGCUCUAAGCUGCAACCUACUUGGGUGGCUCAGAGGCAUAUCACUGCUAUACACAUACGUAUAGCAUAUGUACAAUUAGAAAUGACCCAGGAGAUAUAUUAGGCACUGGAAGUUUAUAGCAAAAGAACAAAAUAUAUACAAUGUCCAGUGCACAUGGACACUUGGUAAUAACCGUAUCAAAAUGCAUUUGUAAUAUUUUAAUACAGACAAAGAAACGUAACACAUGCACAAAGAAAUAAAGGUAAUUCAUGUACCUCGUUUUUGCAGGUACUUCUAGCCUGAAGCAUAUGCCUUCUAGAUCAAUUGUAUGCAUCUCUCUGGAAAUGUGAAUAUAGUAUAGCUUUAGAUUUAGGGCUGUAGGUUAACAUGAAUUUACAGUACUUAACUUUACAGACAACUGAAGUUACUUUAAAGCUCUAUUCUAAAAACUAAUUUAAGUUACACAACAUGCACCUUCGCAUACUGAAAGUACAAAAUGUGUGUUCUCGUAUGUGUAAAAUGUGACGAAUUUCCUCAUUGGAUAUUUCUGUGAUUAUUUUUUUGUAUAUAAUGUGGCCAGUCAUUGUUUUUUUUUUUAUUUUUAUAAAUGUUAUAAAAAGCACCCAAAAUAAUGCCAAGUGUGGUAUCAUCACUUAUUGUGAGUUUCCCAUUUGAUAUUAAAGAUUUAAUCAUUUCUUUUGGUAAUUGCUCUACUGUCAUUUCAGUCAAUGCCUUUAGCACAUGCAGUUUGUUGUGUGUUUGCUAAUAACAAUAAUGUGUUAAAAACUUGUGGGAGGAACAUGUGUUUGUGUGUGGAAAUCAUUAGCUUGGCUAUAUUUCAUAGCUCUGCUAUAGGAGGAAUAAAAAGGGGUUAUGAGAUUGGACUUCUGAAAUUCUGAUUAAA